AUGGAAGUAUCUACACCUGAAUCAAUGAAGUUGUGGGAGAGAGGAAGAAAGCUCGGCGCCGGCGGCUACGGUUUUGUUUGUCUGGCCCAUCCUUUGGCUGGACAUCCUCUGUUUCUCCCUGACUCAUCGUUACAAAUAGUCAUGGCAGUAAAAUCGGCAAAGUACGCAUCCUCCUCUUCUCUCAUCCGUGAACGCAAUCUGUUCAAAAAGUUCAAGGAUUGCCCUCACAUAAUUCGUUACCUGGGCUGCGAUUGCACAUACGAAGAAGACGAGCGUUUCAGAAACAUCUUCAUGCAGUACGCCGCAGGUGGAAGCUUGCACGACCGGAUUAAGUCGGCUGCAUCUAGGGGCACAAGAAUCUCUGAGAUCGAAGCAAGAGAAGUCACAGAAUGUGUCUUACAUGGUUUACGGUUUAUCCAUUCUAAGGGAUAUGUUCAUUGUGAUAUAAAAACAGAUAAUAUUCUCAUUGUUAAGGGGAAGGCAAAGAUUGGAGAUUUGGGUCUUACAAUUAAGCCGGGGAAAUACCCUGGGAAGAUCAUUGGGACUCGUAACUAUAUGGCUCCUGAGUCAUUUAAGUCCGGUGACUACACGAGUAAAGCCGAUAUAUGGGGACUGGGUUGUUGUCUGUUCGAGAUGAUCACAGGAGUCAAAAUAUGGAGACACAUGAAGGAAGAUGAAAUUCAUAAGAUUAUAGAACGUUCCAGAAUGUCCGACAAAGCACAGCUUUUCUGGAGGAAAUGUAUGGUUGAGGAUCCGGAGCAAAGAUGGGACGCCGAACUGCUUCUUCAACAUCCCUUCAUAGUCGAUCAUCCUCCUUCUCCUCUUUCCACUGGCAAACAAGUCUGUAAGAUUAUGCCAACGAGUAGUACUACUGUUUGUCAAUAUAAAGCGGAGGAAGCUUGA